AUAAAUGAACUGUCGAGAGCAAUGGUAAGGCAGUCUGAAUUGUGAGCUCAGUGAAGACAUUUGACAUUAUGAUUAUUCGCAUAAUCCUUGUACAUUUGGUGAUUCCGUUUGUUAUCGUAUUAUGUAAUGAGAACUGUGUUUUUGAGUGCCCUUUUGAUAAAAAGUGUAUUACUAAAAUGAAUGCAAUGUGUAAUGGAACAAAAGAGUGUUCUUUUGGCGAGGAUGAGUUAUAUGUUAACUGCAAAGAUCCCAUAACCGAUGGCCGUCGUUCAACUUUCUACUGUGCAAACGGAGCGCCUAUCGCAAUAUCUCAAAUGUGCAAUAAAAAAAUUGAUUGUAUCGAUAAAUCUGACGAAUCGCCUGCGAUCUGUAAGGAGUAUGAAAUACAGCUGGACUUCCGAAUUGAAAAUUCGAUGUGUAAAAAACCUCAGCUCUCAUGCCAAGCUUCAACCCCAGACGAUUGUAUUUCCGCGGAUAAAAUAUGUGAUAACAAGUUCGAUUGUCCGAAUGGCCGGGAUGAGUCUAUAGAGAUGUGCAUGCAAGAACUUCGGUAUCCCCAUUUCCAGUGUGGCAAUGGAAAGAUCAUCUAUAAUAGUAGUCAACUGUGCGACAACAUAUAUGAUUGCCUUGAUGGCUCUGAUGAGUUGGAAAAUCAUUGUCAAUUCAACGAAAAAUGGAUUCCGAAGCCGGCAGUUACAUGUGCACAGCCUAAGAGAAAUGGUUUAAUAUUUAUGAACAACACUACAAUGUAUGCUAAGAAGAAAAAUAAUGAAACGCAUUAUUUUGUCUAUGCAACCGGUGUAGUUCAAUUUGAGUGCUACAAUUCUGAUGAAGACUUCGAGGGCAUAAGGUGGAAUGUGUGCACGAUUGAUGAAAAUGGAAAUGGAAAAUGGUUACAUAAAUUACCAAAGUGUGUGGAAAAAAUGGACAAUCGUAAUAAGAACCCAGAAACUAAUGGAGAUUUGGGCUGCAUAUUAGAUACUUAUGAUGAUUAUAAAGCAAAUUUGCGCAUUUGGAAAUGUUCACACGAUGGCACAAAUUGCGUAAAGAUAAAACCACCUUUAACUGACGCGAAUGUAAAGUUCAACUGUUCGAAGAACUUAAUGUUGUUCCCGAAAAGUCUACGGGGAGAAAUAUAUAGUUGUCGAAACAAAAAUGGGAACUCGACUCUUCACCCAAACCAAGAUGCGGCAGUGUGUACUUUUAAUAGAAUUUUCAACACCAUCUUACAAAAUUAA